AUGGAAAUAGGUUUGCUUCUCAUUCUUCAAGAUCAAGACGGAUUAUCCCAUGGUCAGAAGCCAGUAACAUUUACGGAUGAGGUUUUUUAACAAUCAUAUUCUAACUAACUUGAAUGUUUAUUUUAGACGACGAUCAAGGAGUUGAGCAAAGCGAUCAAUUCCUUUAUGUGUAUUCAUCAAGAUUAUCAAGAAUUAUACCAUAACGGGAAGCAGAUUAUAUCGCUAAAUUCAACAUUAAAACAAAUUGGUGUGAAGGACGGCGACGAGAUUCUGAUCGUAAGUGUUUUUAUUAUUAUUUUUGUUCAUUUAGCAUUACUAAGCCAAAAUUAUAUUAACACGCAUUCUCCCAGAAAAUCAAACAAAUGCGAAAAAGUUUUGUACAAAAAUUUCAUCUUUGUUCCUGAGAGCUCUUCUUGCUAUCAUAGAUAGUGAACAACCUCUUGAACAUUUAGAACCAGGUUUUAUAAGGCUCCGCGCACUUUUAGGCUUACUGUAGAAAAAACACCGUAAAGACCAAACUUUUUUCCUAGUGGAGAAAAUUGGUCCAAACCAAUUUUAAAACAAAAUAUGUUCUCUUUUGACCAUUUAUAGUUAUAGAACUGACCCGGAAAAAAAUUUUUUUCUUUCAGAAGAGAAAAAUUCAAGUUUUUUGAAAAAUGACGAUUUUCGCAGUCUUUGAGUCAUAACUAGUACUAGAACCACCGAACGCCUGGAUUUUUAUUUUUUCAAUCGACGCGUUAGGGUCUUGUGAGUAGAGGAAAAAAAUGCCUAGAAACUCUGAAUCCGGGUGAUCCAGUUGACCUCCUUCUCGAAGAACGCGGCCAACUUGAAAAAUCGCAAAACCUUUGAAAAAUUUCUAUUUUUUUGUGAAAGCCGGAUUCCGUCUUGUUUUUUAUUUUCGUUCAACAUAACACAGCUUGCUGCGAAAUUACAGCUCAAAAAGUAGCGAGCUGGAACCCUUUGAAAAAAAAUUUCUGACGUUUUUCUGAUUUUUCGUUUUUUCGGCAUUUUCAAACUUUUCGCUCUAACUAGUACUAGAACCCCCGAAUGCCUGGAUUUUUAUUUCUUUAAUUGACGCGUUAGGGUCUUGUGAGUAGAGAAAAAAUGUCUAGAAUCUCUGAAUCCGGGUGAUCCAGUUGACCUCCAUCUCGGAGAACGCGGCCAACUUGAAAAUGAUUAAAUUUUUGAAAAUCAGUUACUUUCUUGGGAGCAGGACCUUCCCUCACUUCUUUUUGCCAAUCAGACACAAUCCACUCAACACAAAAUUUGAACAAAAAGUUAUGACUCUCAAGCAUGACCAAAAAUCCAAUUUUUUUCACUUUCUCGGAUUCAUCUGUCCUUUUCCAAUUAUUGAGCUCUACUGGAUUAGGAUACCAGGAAUGCUUAGAGUUUUUUCGUUGUACUGAUCCGUUACAUCUUCUCAAGUUCUUUAAAAAUAUUCCCAGGCUCUGUUUCCGGGUGAUCCAGUUGACCUCCAAGCAACCAAAGCGGUCGACCUCGAAAUCGAGCAAAAUUAA